CGAGCGCUUCCUCCCCGCCCCGUCGCGUCUGGGAGGCGAGGCCAGGAGGCGAGGGCUCUGCGCACGCGCGGCGCAGGCGCACUGGGAGCCGGUGCUGUUGCCUUCAGGUGACCACGGAUUCGCCGUCGUGAGUUCCAGGUGGGCGCGCGGGGCCCACGUAGGGCAGUAGGCCAGCCCCGGGGGGAUCGGGCCCGAGACUCUGCGGAAUCUGGAGGCCGACGCCUGCGCGCACGCAGGGUCUCCGCUGCUUCCCCAACGCCUCUUGCGGGGCCGCAGGACCCGCCGCCUUCCCGGUUGGGCCGCCCAGUCCCGGGCCGGGCGCGUGCACCCAGAGUUUCCGCGCUUCUAGUCCGGCUCCUCUGCUGGAUUGCAGCGCCAGCUGGGCACCAGGAGUACAAAGCGAAAACCCCACGCCGGCCCUUCUGUUCUCCACGGUCUCCAAGGAGACACGGACAACAGAACAGCACUUCCGUGUGCUAAAUAGUGAAGCACCAAGGUACUCGAUCCAGGGGCGGCGUGCAGUGGGGAGACAGGGUCAGAUGUGUUACCGGGCUGGAGUGUGGUGGCACAAUCGCGCUCACUGCAGCCUUGACCUCCUGGGCUCAAGUGAUCCUCCCACCUCAGCCUCCCAAGUAGCUGGGACUACAGGAUUUUCAAAAUGGCUGCAGCUCCUCAAGCACCGGGGCGGGGAUCUGUCCGUAAGACGAGACCUCUGGUUGUGAAGACGUCGUUGAACAACCCAUACAUCAUCCGCUGGAGCGCUCUGGAGAGCGAGGAUAUGCACUUCAUCCUACAGACGCUUGAGGACAGGCUUAAAGCUAUUGGACUUCAGAAGAUUGAAGAUAAGAAGAAAAAGAACAAAACACCUUUUCUGAAAAAAGAAAGCAGAGAGAAAUGCAGCAUUGCUGUUGAUAUUAGUGAGAAUCUGAAGGAGAAGAAAACAGAUGCUAAGCAGCAAGUGUCAGGGUGGACGCCUGCACACGUCAGGAAGCAGCUUGCCAUUGGCGUUAAUGAAGUUACCAGAGCCCUGGAAAGGAGUGAACUGCUCUUAGUUCUGGUGUGUAAAUCAGUCAAGCCUGCCAUGAUCACCUCACACUUGAUUCAGUUAAGCCUAAGCAGAAGUGUCCCUGCCUGUCAGGUCCCCCGGCUCAGUGAGAGGAUCGCCCCCGUCAUUGGCUUAAAAUGUGUUCUAGCCUUGGGGUUCAAAAAGAACACCACUGACUUUGUGGAUGAAGUAAGAGCCAUCAUCCCCAAAGUCCCCAGUUUAAGUGUACCAUGGCUUCAAGACAGAAUCGAAGAUUCUGGGGAAAAUUUAGAGACUGAACCUCUGGAAAGCCAAGACAGAGAGCUUUUGGACACUUCAUUUGAAGAUCUGUCAAAACCUAAGAGAAAGCUUGCUGACGGUCAGCAGGCUUCUGUAACAUUACAGCCCCUUAAAAUAAAGAAACUGAUUCCAAACCCUAGUAAGAUAAGGAAACCACCCAAAAGUAAAAAAGCUACUCCAAAGUAAUCUUGCAUAAACUUGUCAUGUCAUACAGUUGGUGAAAGGACACCUUGUAAAGAAGAAGCCUUGAAACUAAUAAAAUGAGUUAUAUUUACAUAGA